CCUCACUCUCGAUAGAAGGGUGAGUGAACCAUCUCAUUGUUAUUUAUUGCAUUUGCCUCUAAUAAUACAUUAAUUAGCCGUUUUACUGGUAAAGCGAGUGCAAUAACAUAGGUCGGGACAGCCAUGCCGAUGUGAGUAAUACGGUCGACCGAGGUGUGGCACGGCCGGGUUUUUGUGCAACAGUGUUCAGUGACAUUGUGAAAAAAUAUUCUGCAUAACUCGCAAGAUGACCGAGUAUAAGUUGGUGGUAGUAGGCGCCGGAGGCGUGGGCAAAUCUGCAUUGACUAUACAGCUGAUACAAAACCAUUUCGUGGACGAAUACGAUCCGACAAUAGAGGAUUCGUAUAGAAAACAAGUGGUGAUUGAUGGUGAGACGUGUCUGUUGGAUAUAUUGGAUACGGCGGGGCAGGAGGAGUAUUCCGCGAUGCGGGAUCAGUACAUGCGGACGGGGGAAGGGUUCCUGCUGGUGUUCGCAGUAAACAGUGCUAAGAGUUUCGAGGACAUUGGCUCCUACCGGGAGCAGAUAAAGCGGGUGAAGGACGCGGAGGAGGUGCCGAUGGUGCUGGUGGGCAACAAGUGCGACCUGCAGGCCUGGGCCGUCGACAUGACGCAAGCGAGAGAGGUCGCGCGGAGUUACGGCGUCCCCUUCGUCGAGACGUCAGCUAAGACCCGCAUGGGGGUCGAUGACGCCUUUUACACUCUCGUCCGGGAGAUCCGCAAAGACAAAGAGAGCCGUUGCAGAAAGUACCGGAGAGGUAACAAACUCGGCCCCCGGCGCAGGUUCAAAUGUACCUUACUGUAAGCUGUAUUGUACCACUAAUAUUUAUGGAUAUGUCCUUUGUAGAUUGACUGUUGGUAGAGGCUAACGUAACCGUCGCGCUUUGUACGCGUUUUUGUAUGAAGUCGUUUCGUACAGUCACUAUUAACCCCAAGUACAAACUUUAGAACUGUGUCGCUUUAACAUGCUUGACAUUUAGUGAGACUUUGGAUUCUAUUUGUCAAAUGAGUUGAUGCGGCAGAGUUCUAACUUACCUAUUACAUAACACUGUUCAUGACUGUACGAACACACAGGCACAAUCCCGACCUUUCAAGCUGCGGGAGCUCGCCUGCGUUUACGUACGGUACGUACGACACAAAUUUGUACGAAACCGCGCCCAAACUGCCACCGGUCUUGUUGUUUUUUAUUUUAACAAUGAAUGAAUGUGUGUCAGCUUGAAUAAUCGUCUCCAGAUGAUGAUCAAACUACAGUCAUCAUCAUCAGGCCUCAUACAUAUUUUACAGAAUUUUUACAGAAUAAUUAUUGUACCCGAAAACUGAAAAAGAAAAUGUGGACUUAAGAGAACUCUUCCAGUCAACAUUUUGCUUGACGGCAAAUGAGUGGACUAAGUUAGAUAGGAAAUACGAAAUUUACUUUAAACAUAGUCUAACAAGUAUGAUUAUAAAUUUACUAUUAAUUAAUGCUUAAAUCUUCUUAUUGCUGUAUCUUCACAGAUUGUUGUUGAAUGUUUUAGGUACUAGUAUGUUAGCGGGAGAAUCUAAAGGAUAAAUAGACUUCUGUAGAGUAUUUAUAAUGGUCUUAAGGCCCAAAGUCCUUUUAAAAUCCAAUUGUUUAACUGUUGUGCCUGUUAAUCUGGGGCAGACGGAUAUUCCUUGGACUGUUCACCAGAAAGCGAGACGUCGCCGUAAAAAUGAACAAUGAACAGUUUCAAAAACAAAACAGUCUCUACUAACUUGUCAAUCUACAAAACUUCAGCUGGUAAUUUAUAAAUGCAAAUAAUUACGCCUAAAUCAUAUCUUUACAACAAUUAUGAAUUUAAAUACCUAAAUAAAUGUUUUAACAAUAUAUUAUUGCAUUUACAAUUACCAGCCGAUAUUAGAUAUGUAUGUAAUUAGCAUAACUAUUGUUAUUCUAUCUUGGAAUUUGCCUGUAAUGAAUUUAAAACAUGCUUUUAUGUGCGCAAAAGAACAAAACUAUAGAUUUUGUCAUGUUUUGAAAUCAUUGGAAUUUUACUGGUGGUUUGAUAUAAUAACGCUUUUUUGGUAUCUGAACAUUGACGUCAUGCCAACCGCCGCUGGUAAAACUCCCGUGAUUUCAUAAGAAGUAAGCACACAAAAAGCCCAGCCUUUAUAAAAUGUAGAUAGAUAUUUUUUCUAUAAAAUAGAAACAUUCUUAAUAUCCGUAAAUAUUAGUUCAAUAUUUUAUGUAUUGAAGCACUUUAUAAAAAGUCUCCGGACUAAUUAUAUGAUAAUAUUUCAAUAGUAAAGAUUUUCUUAAGAAGCUGAGAUCCCUUAUUGAAGGCAAGAGCGCGGCGCGGCAAAAUCAAACUCUUCCAGUUAGUAUGGAAUCGCAUGAAAGCGUUCCUCACGAACGUGCGAUUUCGCAAACGAUAAAAUCUACUUCCAAUGCCGCGUUCGUGUUUUCUUUAUUAGGAUUCGCUAAAGAAAUCAGGGCAUCCGCCUUUUUGUAAACAUUAGAUAAUCAAAUUAUAUAACUUGGUCACACCAGGCGUUUUGUAAAAUUAGGUACUUAACUUUCUAUGUACACGGAUUUAAUGAAAUUAAUACUUCUACGAUGGAAAUGUAUGUUCAAUCUUAUGUGGAACUCUCAAGGUGCUAUUUUAUGAUAGUACACUUGCAGUACGAAGCUGGACACUGAUAGGACGUGAUUUUAGAAGCCAGAGCACAUUGAAUGG